AAGAAAGCCAAUUUGAAGGUCAUGAUGGAUUUAUAAAUUACUCACUUUAUUAUCGCUUGUCUCGCGUUUCGAAAAUGACAACUUUUGCAACCCGUCUGUGUGGUUAUUCUGUAGUGGGUGAUACCUACAAAGCAGCUUUAGAUGUAUAUAACUGGGUGAAGAAGAAAGAGUCUGUCGGCCCCAUUGUUCAAACAGCGGAAGAUAAAGCUGUUGCGGUAAUCAAACCGAUUAUUGAAAGUGGACUUGUUCAAAAGAUAGACGACAUAGCCUGUCAUCAUGUAUUGGAUCGUGCUGAAGCAACAUGUCAACAGAUUAAGACUACAUCAAAUGAACGCUUGAUUUUACCUACUGCUAACUGUGCUCUAAACAUAGUUGAGACAUGUGCUAACUUAUAUCUUCCAAAAGACGAAGACCCUAAAUUUGCUGCAGGAGGUAAUGCGACACCAUCAGAAAGACUGAUUCGAUUACAACAAAGAGCAUCAACACAUGCUGAAGUACUAAUACAUUCUACAGUUGAACGUGCUAAUUCACUUUUAUCUACUCUUGCUGCAUAUGGAAGUAGUUUAAAUCAAACAGUUUCAAAAGCAACUAUUAAGAGUACACUUGCACAAGCUAUUGCUUUAUAUGAAUUGGCUUAUUCUACUGCUAAGGUUGUAAGUCUUCCUAUAGCUGUACGCUGUAUCAGUAUGAUUCUUGAUCGUGUUCGAAAGCUUAAUGAACAAAUAAAAGAGUCAAAGGCAAUAAAUUGGAUGGAUUUAAAACAAUUAGUAACAGUUCUUGAAUUUAUGAAAUUACGUUUGGAUGGCAAUGAAGCAGUAACAGAAAUUGAACUUGAAACGGUGACUAAAAAAUCAGAGGAAUCUAUGUCAGCUGGAUUCAAACCCGUAUUUGCUUUGGAUGAUAUCCUAGCUUCUGGAGAUCAAACUGAAUCAGAACCAGAUCAUAUGGAUAGUCUUAACUGAUUAAAAAUUUCUCGUCACUAUUGGUAUUGUCAUUAUUAUUAUUAUUAUUAUCACGAUCAUUUUCGACGUAAACUUUAUUAUCAUAGUAGGAUAGAUUUUCUUUUCUACGCAAUAAACUUUGAUUAAUUUGACUUAUUGAAUUUUGGAUUUCCGGUUUAUUUCAAGAAGAAAUUAUUUUGAUUAAUUGAUUGAUGAUUUUUUUUCAUCAUAUCAUUUGUACUCUUUUUUCUUGUGUUGUUCUUUCUUUCCAUCAUUGUUUCUUGUUUGCGUUUUUACUAAACAUUUAAAAAAUAUAUACAUAUACAAAUAAAUCCACUGGAAUGCCUAAAUCAAAAGAUAGAUAUGAGAGCUUUGUGAAUUCUUUUGGUUGAAAGAUUGCAGACGACAUUUUGUCGUUUAAUUGUUUUUAAAUCACGAAAAAU